CGAAAGAAGUCUACAUGUCUUGGAAAUAAUGCUUUCGUCACUCUAGGGCGAUCCUCGGUUACUGCUUUAGAAUCCACCGGCACCUCUACUUCAACCUAUUUCGGGAGGAGUAAUACACGUGUUACUCUUUCUAGCCUCUUAUUGGUUUGUCUCUUAGGCCUUUUCCACGCCAGCAGGUCAGUGCGCCGCCUUUCUUUGACAGCCGGUCUUGCUAACCCACAGAAUUUACCCACCACAGAUAAUCCCUUUAGCUGUGCAGAAACACCUGAGGCUGCUAAAAAAAUUGGUUCCUCGCCUGUUAAUCCCAUGAGGAAACAAUCUUGUUCAGCAGGCCCAGUUUUCCCACUCCUUCUAGCGGUCCAUCUGCUCACAUCCCAGCAGCCCGGUGAUUCGAGCUCUAGUGUAUCGGCCAACGCUCCUAGGUUCAGCCUCACAUCUAGCCAUGUUCCAAGCAUAGGAUCCUCUCAUUUGUCAAGCAAGAAUAAACAAGAGCACAAAUCACAGAGACAAUUGGCAGCUUCACCUAGCAACCUUCUCGCAUCCCUUGUUGCAGGUCUUCUUUCGGGUGUCACGCGCGACUCCGAUGAUGCCAUGCGCCUGCUUUAUGCAAAGUGGCUUGGUGCUGUUGGGCCAAUAGACCCAUCAAGAAUGCCUAUUCUGUAA